AUGCUGGACGAUAACAAGAAGAUCGGAAUCGGUCUUUGUGGCAUCGGCGUGUUGUGCGUCACCUUGGGUAUUUUUUUGCUCUUCGACCGCACGCUGCUGGCCCUUGGCAAUGUAGCCUUUCUCUUUGGACUAGCCCUACUUCUUGGUCCCUUCAAGGCCUUCAAAUUCUUCUUCCGAAAGGAAAAGUGGAAGGGCACUACAGGGUACUUCUUGGGCAUUGCGAUCAUCAUUGUGGGCUGGCCGUUCUUCGGCUUUCUCACCGAGAUGUACGGCAUUUGGAAGCUUUUUGCAGCCUUUUUGCCGAAUGUGCUAGCUUCCUUGAAGAUGACGGUGCCAGGUGCAGCAACGGUGCUCAACAUGUGGGAUCAAACGCGACCGCUGAUUGGCUUUGUCCCGAACAGCAAGGAGGAAAAGUCUGGCGAAAAGCCUGUGAUGCGCUGUGUGGUACAGCCACCGUUGCCCGAGGCGAUCCAGAAGUCUGCAGCGAUACCAGCAGCCGACCCACGGAAGUUUGUCAGUGUCCGCGAGGCGAAGUUUCUGUUCGGAAUGAGGGAAUCGUUGAUGGAGGAUGUUGAACGGCAAGCUGAGUACCUACCGGUAGUUUAUGCGAAGAAGCCCCCCAAAAGUCGGAGCGGCGUACGCCCAAGGCGGAUGAUGCGGGCCAAACAGGCCGAGAAGGGGGAAGCCAUUGGAGCUUCAGAGACGCGCCGUGCCUUGCCGUUGAUGGCUUUCCCUAAUGGCAAGCUUGGAAGUUCCACCAGCAUCGUAAGGGCCUCGGGUACCGGCUCAUGGUUGCGAGGGGCCAAGGUGGGUGGAGGAGGCUUGGAACUUCCACAUACGUCCGCCAUCGGCUGCUCAGAAGGUGAUGGUGACUGUUCUGGGGCAAUUGUCAGCCCGACGUUUGACAGAGAUGUUCCACAUGUCCUGCAGGAUGCGGAGGGGGCGGCGGCCAAAGAGGCGAAAGAGGCGAAAGCAGGGCCAUUGGGUGAGCCCAAAGAGCCCAAGGCCAGCCAUGGGCGGCCUCCGCUGCCAAAAAGAAGCAAGGAUGAGGUCGCAGCCAGUUCAGCGGCUAAGCAUCAACCCCUUCUAGAUGCAAAGGUGGAGAACGAGGAUGUAGAGGAGGCCAUGGCCGAAGCCAUCGCCAGUCCCAAGAAAGGCCAUAGCCACAGCAGCCAUAGCAGCCAUAGCAUCCCCAGCCAGCCUAUUGAGGUGUCACAGGUCUCACAGGCUCCUAAGGUCGAACCUGAAGGACUUGCUGAAGAAGAAAUUGCCCAAAUCGCAAUUGCAUGUCGCAUGGGGGAAAUAGAAGUGGUGAAAGCCUUUGUUGAAAAGGCAGCUGCUGAAGCCAAGAGCCAUGAAUCUGCACACUUGGAAGGUCGACUUCCAUGUGAAGCUUUGUUAGAUGAGUAUGGUGAAUCCUUGUUGCAUCAUGCAGCUCAUGGAGGUCAUGGUGAGAUCGUGCGGAUUUUGUUGGAACUGGGCCAGGUGCAGCCAGAUAUCCCCAACGCCCGCAAUGAAACCGCCCUGUCCGUGGCCUGCCGAAAGGCAGAUGAAGCGGUGGCUUUGGAGCUGCUCAAGGCAGCGGCCAAUCCCAAUCGCUGCGCUUCAGAUGGUCUCACUCCUUUUUUGGCAGCGGUACUUGGCUCUGCCUCCCUGAUUUUUGCAGAAGAUGACGCCUCUGACAACCUUUUGGAUGCGUUGCUGCAGAUGAAAGCUGAUGUGAAUGCCCAAGACCACCGUGGAGUUGGAGCAUUGCAUUCUUUAGCCCUGAGCGGUAAUAUGCAGCUCAUGAAAUGGCUGAUGACACAUUCUGCAGAUCUCGAUUUGCAGACAGAACAUGGCACAACUGCCCUGAUGCUGGCGUCAAAGAGAGGUUCUGAGGAGGGCGUCGCAAUGCUUCUUGCGGCCCGAGCCAAUCCGAAUCUCUCGAACAAAGCUGGCAGCACGGCACUGGUGCAGGCCUUUGCAUCAAAUAUGAAUGUAGCGUUUUUGCUCAUGGAAAAUGGCGCUUCAGUUGACAUCGUAGAUUCAGCUGGUCGAAGCGCACUGUUCCACGCAGUGAUUAGUGGAGAAGAGGCUGCCAUUGAGGCUGUGAUUCGGAGAGGUGGCAGGGUGAACAUUCUGGAUGAGGACUCCCGAACUCCACUCUACCAGGCGUGCUUAAUGGGUUCUUUGCCCAUGGCCAAGAUGCUGUUGGCCGCCGACGCCGACCCAAAUCUGGCGGGCCGUGGUUCAUCUCUGCGGCCGCAGGCUGAGGAGGAGAUGGAGGAUGGUGCGGCGAAGGUUUUGCUGGAGGAGGCCCGCACCUGCGUACAGGUGAGUGCUAUGUUGGCUCAAAACGAGCUGCUACUGUGCCUCCUGGACCACCAUGCGGACAUCAACUCGGCUCCAGGCACCUUGGGAUGGAGUGCUUUGCAUCUAUGCGCCCUGGUGAACAAUGAGGAGGGCGCUGAAAAGUUGUUGGCCCAUGGUGCUGCCAUUUGUGAAGAUGUGGAGGGGAACACCGCCAAAAUGUUGGCGGAACGUGCAGGGCAUCACGGCUUAGUGGAGCUGCUGAGGGAUCGCUCUGCGGCCCCAGCAGAUCUGAAGGGCCAACUGCCACCCUUGGGUCGUCCAGGGGCGGAGGAGGCGCCGGAGGAUGCCCCAGAGGAGCCCUUGGAGUAUUUCAAAGAUGAGUGGGAGGCCAAUGUCUCGAGACCCGCCAACGACUCACUUCUGGAUAGCAGACGCUUUGCCGGACUUGGCGCUUCCGCUGGUGACCUGGUGCAAGCGGUGAGUCAAGCCACGUGCAUGGCCACGCGGGACAAGAUGCCCAAGGUGUUUCUAGCAUCCCUUUCACUGCUAGAUGAGCUGCUGAGCGACAGUCGUGUGGAUGAGAUUGGCCCAGAAGAUUUCCUGGCACUGCUGCAGACAGAGGAGGGCAACAUGAUCAGCCUACUCUUAGAUCAAACUGAUGUGGGUGGCGGAUCCAGCAAUUCAACGUCUCCCCAGCAGGCGGCAGCAGGUGCCCUGUGCUCCUGCGUGUUGCAUGGCCGGAUCUCGUUGGACGACGUUGCUUUGCCCUUGAUGCUGCGUAUGGACCAGCGGCUGUGUGCACUGGCCAUGGCCACGGCAAAGCGAGAAAAGGAGCUUUCAUCCAAGACUCCAGUGGCUGCCAAAUGUCUUGCCUCCAAUUUGAAAUUGGUGGGUCGAAUCAUCGCCAGCUUUGGCUUGCAACAGUCGGGCCUCUUCCGGCGAGCCUUGGUGCUGCCUUUGCUGCUGAGGGCAUCUGCCUGUGAGCAUUCCAAAGUCAGGGCAGCGGCUGGUGAUUGUCUACUUCAACUGCUGGGCCUCAGUGGAGGAAUCGAGGAGCGUGUUUUCAGCUUGCUGCCAGGGAAGGCGCAGAAACGUCUGCAGAGCUUGGCCGCAGGACAGGAAGGCGUUCCCUUACUCAGUGCUGUGGCCUGCGAUGAGGAUGCCAUGAGCAAGGAGGACAUCGUGGCUGAGGAUGGUCGAGCUGCUGAUUUGUGGUGUGUCUCUGAACUGAACGGCACAGUGUGGGCAUCACUUCAAGCAGGCCGCGGGGUGGAAGCAGCUGAGUCUCCUAAAGCUUCCGCCGCAGUGGGAUCCAUGGCUUCGCUGCAAUCGCUGCAAUCCCUGGACGAUGCGGCAGCUUUGGACGGCCUUGCCAGCAAGAAUUGGAAGCGGCGAGCUGAAUGCAUCAGUAAACUCUUCACUGAUUUGGCCACGGCCAGUGAGGGAGUGAAGUUGUUGAAAGACUCCGACGAAGAUGGCGGACCCUUGUUGUCCCAGUAUGUCCUUGGAGACUUGCGCAUCUCCAUGCUGCAGUCACAACUCUCUACCUUGCUGGUCGACACCGUGACGGCAGUUUUUGUCAAUGCAGCUGAUUUGUUGUGUCUGAUUUGCAGCCAGGUCCCUUUAUACAUCGCACCUCUCUUCUUGGAGCCUUUGCUCCCAGCCCUCUUCGGCCGCUUGCUGGACACCAGCCAAAAGGUUCGGCAGAAAACCGCUGAAACCACCUUGGAGGUUUGCAGCCUGCAUAGCUCCGCCUUGAGCGAAAUGGUGGCACAGUGUGUCUCCAGCAGCAGUGCAUGGACCUCUUCUGACCGCAGUGGCACAGAUCGAAGCACUGGACCGCGACUACAGCUGUUGGGUCAGAUGGUGAAACGGAUGCAUGAUCGUGACUCAGCCAAAGUUUGGUCAGAUGAGACUUGGAGCACCUUAGCAGAUUAUGCCUUGAAAGCAUCUGAGAACAAGAGCGCAGAGGUCCGCAAAGAAGCUUCAAACCUCCUGGAAAACAUGGCAGCAGUAGGCGGUCGUGCCAGUGAAAUCGCGGAUCAAGCAGCAACUCAGAUCAAAGCCAUGGCAGAAGAAAGGGCCAAACAAAAGAUGAGGCCAGGCACAGGAGUGAGACCUCUGACGGGACGUCUUGGAACUGGUGGUUCCAGGCCCAGCACUGGCGCUCUGGGGGGUACUGGGCGGUUAUCCACUGGUGGCUUCAAUCGAUCUGGCAGCUUUAGACCAGGCACUGGCCGACCCGGAACCAGCCUCAGCCGAAGUGGCACCAUGACGUUGGAAGAGGAAAGUGACAACUCCCUUCAUUCGGACGCGGAGAUUGAAGCUGGGGAGGAUGGAGUCAAGUUCUUUGAUGUCAAGAACGCCUGCGGUGGAGCAGAUGAAGUGCCCGAGCUGGCGGAAGGUGAAGCAGCAUUGAAGGAGGCCUUGCCUUUAGCAGAGGCUUUGGAUGAAGUGGCCUUGGACUUUGUCGCCCCGUUGAUUGCGCUUUUUGGUGAGGGUGGGAACCUUCCUGAACAGGACGUGAGUGAUGCCCCACUCGCGGAACUAUUGGAUGGCUGCAUGCGCGCCGUCCAUGAGGGGCUGGGGGACCAAAAUGUGCGAGUCUAUGCGGCCAUCGUUCCUUCCUUCUGUGGAACCGUGGACGGUCGUCUGCUGGUGGCCCAUUUGGCCCCCUUGCUACGUCAGCUUUGCGCUCGCAUGGGCGAUUCCAAAGAGGUGGUACGGACGCAGACCACACAGGCCAUGUUUCGGUUGCUGAGCCCACCCACAGGAAACAUUGUGAGCCCAGUGGCCAUUGCCAUGCUGAUUCUACGGCACCUGAUGCCAAGCAAGGAAGAGGGCGACUCACCCUUGGCAUCCGUCAGUAAGGGUGCCACUGGGAAAGGAGCUGUGACGGGAUGGUUAUGUCGCCUCAGUGCCCUACGGCAGCUGUGUAAAGAAUACCCCAAGAUGAUUGUGCAACAGCCCGGCAGUUCCAAUCCAGGGGAAUGGCUCCGACUUUCGGAUGGUCUGAAACAUGCAGAUCCAUCUGUGAGACAUCAAGCUGUUCGCCUUUAUACCUUGGUUUGCAAGAUGCAUUUGAGAUCUUUAGGUGACGAAGAAUCCCAGCGUCCUGCUCGGGAGACCUGGGUGGCCAGCCUGCCAAAGGAUGUGCCGGUGAAGUCCAUCGGACAGGUUCGGAGGUAUUUGAAGCUGCCGGAAGUGGUGCCUGAGGAGAGUCCUGAAGUCAAGAGGUCGCUGGGUAUGACUGGGAUGACCAUUGCAUGCAUCCCUUGGGACGUCCCAAGCAGUUUGGCUGAUUGGGCUGGUUGCAGUAGUGAGAUUUUGGGAGUGUUGUCGGCUCCAAGAAGGGGCGAUGAAAAGCAUGUGAUUGCAGCAUUGAAGGCCCUUGGCAAGGGCAACUGUGGAAGUUCAGGAAGUUUGGACGAGGCAUUUUCCAACAUUUGCAGGGCAAUUCAACAGGCUUUGGCUGCACCAACCGGCGCAGAUCGCUAUGUUUUCCUUUGUGCUGUAGAGCUGUGCCAGUCAUCAGUGCAGCAGUUGGGCACUUCCCUGUCAGGGCUUGACCUCAACAUGGCACUUGGGAAAGUGUUCCCCACCUUGCUGGAGAGGACAGCCUUGUCCAGUUUGGCUGGUGAUGUGAAGGUCGGGGUGGCUUCAGAUAAGUUGGUGCAACAGCUGGCCAAACAUCCAAAGGUAGGAUGUGAGGCUGUCACCAAGAUGGUCAUUGCUUCCAUCUCCAGAUCUGAACAUCCUGUGAGGCAACUGGUGCUGUUGCGGACCUUACUCAGUGACUUUGGCUUGAGACUCUGUGCUCAGAAGGAUGUAGUGGCACUGCUGCUUUCAGCCCUGGGGGGCCAACUGGAACGAGUCCAUGAAGCCAGCAAGGAGGCAGGUGAGGCCAUCAGACCCCAACUCAUUGGAGUUCUGGCCACCUGCAAACAAUUCUCCAAUGAAACGGUCCGAUUUUGCCUCAGUGAAGUGGACACCUCCCAGCGGAAGUUGUUGUGCGCCGCCUUGGCUGAGGCCCCAGACCCGCAGCUGAUGGCCCUAGGUGCCACCGCAGCAGAGCAGGAGAGCGCCGGCCGGGCCUUUGCGGUGGGCAGCGCCAUCCGCGCUGCGUCCCGGAGCCGUGGCAUGUCGCCGUUGUCGGAGCCUGGGGAGAAGCCGCGGCCAGCGGUGCUGUCCAGACACACCAGCAGGUCCAAUCUGGGGAAACCUCCUGAGGCACCCAGUUUGCGAAGAUCGGAUUCCCAGAAAACCGACAAAAGCGACAAAACAGAAAAGUUGGAGAAAACGGAGGAACCUUUGACCAGAGAAGCAUCCCCAAGGUCAACAAGCACCAGACGAAGAAGAAGAAUUGAUUGUUCACCUCAACAACCUCCCAGAGGGCCCAGGAGUUUGACGUUAAAUCAAGGCGGAGUCUUGUCGGAGGCUUCAACCGCGGCCUCCACGGACUUUCCCUCGGAGUCACCUCGGAAAUUCGGCAGCAGCCGGACCACAGCGAGCACGCCCAACCUCAAUAAGAGUCUGGAAGGGUCCCCUCGACCGUGGCCUAGUGCAAAGCCACCGGCUCCCAUGAGCCUAUCUACUGCAUUGAAGGGUGACUCGGCUUCUUGGAGAUUUCGAGAUGAAUCCAAGGGCGAGGACGCAGCGAAAUAA